AUGUUUUGCAUCUCCCUUAUUACCAAGACCUUUACUGUGGUCUCACUCAUUAUCGCCUUGUUCCUCUUGGGGUUCCUUCUUAUUGGCAAUGUCUCUGCUGCUCCAGCAUACUCGUCUGUGUUCAUGGUAAACUUUAAGUUCAAUACCACUGCUGAUGCUUUUCUGGAGGUGAUAUCGACCAACACUUCGCUGAUUGCAAAGCGGUCCAUCACUGCCAACUAUAUGGGCAUUUGUGCUCGCCUUGAGGAUGGAAAGAAGGUGUGUUCUGCGGCAGGCAACUACACUGCUUUAGACAAAUACCUUUCAGUUGGAGCUCAGGGAACGAAGAUCAGUCUCGCCGAGAUAGCUUCCAAGUUUACUGAAGCUUGCCACCCUCGGUUACUCAUUGUCAGUCUAAUGCUCGUGGUGCUUCUUCUUCUUACGGUCCUUUGGUGCACCAUUCCAUUAUUACCAUCUAAGCCGCUUAUUAGAAAGAUUUCUGUGGGCUUGUGCCUUCUUUGUAUUCUUAUUUGGGGCCUUGGACUGAUGCUUCAACAUCAGACUGUUGCGUCUACUGUGAAGCUUGUGGGUCCUAGCUCAAUGGGUAUGGUUAUCGCUACUAAAGGCGGGCGUGCUGAGGCCAUGACAUGGACGGCGUUUGCGUUUUUGUUAGUUGUUUUGGGUAUGUUGGCGAAGCUGGUGUUUCAAGAUAUGAGGCAGGCCAAGCCCAAGGCUGAACCAGAGCCACCCAGAGACCCAUACCCCAUGCAACAGGAACGGUACUACUAUGCGGAGCCCAAGAAGUAUGGGUAUGCUUGA